GUUGAUCUGCGUUUUCCCGGGCGCGGGCAAGUUGGUGAUGAAGAACUCGGAAACAGGUGAAUAAGCGGCCCUCAGCAACAUCCCUGAAUGCUAAGAAGCCAGCCUCCUCUCUGAACCGCUUUGCCACGACAUGACAGAUUUCAACUGGAUGCUCUGCUCUAAUGCAGGGUGACGAGGCUCAGGAAUGGGCCACCCACAAGGGCCGUGGAGCCUCUUCCCUGGAGCAUCAAGAAGGUGGGGAGCUCUGGCUGGGUGAGGACUCCAUCAACACCUUGGGCCUGAUCCUUGGCGUGGGGCUGUUGCUGCUGCUCGUGUCCAUCCUCGGCUACAGCCUGGCCAAGUGGUACCAGCGCGGGUACUGCUGGGAGGGGCCUAAUUUUGUCUUCAACUUAUACCAAAUCCGGAACCUGAAGGAUCUAGAGAUGGGUCCGCCCUUCACCAUCAGUGGUCACAUCAGCAGCUCAGAUGGUGGCUACAUGAAGUUCUCCAACAGGCUAGUCUGAUGCAGAGGCAGCAGCUUGUAGAGCCCUGGGGAGAGGAGUUGGAGUUGGGAGAGCUGCCGAGUGAGCCUGAUGUCCAAGUAAGGUCUUAAGACCGUCCAGGCACCCAAGCCUCGCACCAAGGACCAUUUGGAACCCAAAGAGAUUAUCUGGUUCAUCCCCUGUCUUCUGGUGCUGAUCUCAGGCUUGGGGGCAUGUUUUCCCCUACCCGCUUCUGGCACUAGGCCUGCCCUGUUUUCUCCUGUCCACCCAAUCCAUGCCUAGCCUUUCCUUCCUGGGAAGGUUCUGUUUGUAUUCAAGGUGGAAGCUUCUAGAGCAGAGCUUUUUAUCUCAGCUUUCGCUCUGAGAUGAAAUUUCCAGAUGGCCAAUAUCUCCAAGAAGCAUCACUUCGGUUCUGAGCUUUCCACACCCAGGAGCCUCCCCUGCUUCACGGCCCACCAACCCUUUGGCCACACCUUCCCUUGACUGCCUUCAAGUCAAUCCCUUCCCUGCAUCUCAGUUACUUUGUCCCAUCCAAACCAUUUCUCCCUCCGGCAGUUCUUGCCCCUCCCAGGCUCCCCUGGACUGCCCUCAUCCCCUUGGAUCUUCAAGGCCUGGCCUAGCCCCUCAUUGUGGAGAAUGAGGGGGUCUCCUCUGGAUAUGCCAUCAGCCUGUGGCAUGGGAGUCCUGGGGAAUCAGGCCAUAGUCUGGCGGGGCAGCAGCAGCUUUCUCACAGAACUAAAAGAGGCCGCCAUUCUUCAGGAGGGAGCUGGAUCCCGGGAAGCCCCUGAGCCUGUAGGAGGGGUCAGAGAUGUCCUGGAGAACAAGCCCUGCCCAGUGCAGUCCAGUGUGGGCGAGGCCUCCAGACACCAGUGGAGAGCUUCUUUAUAGGGUAUCUCCAGUCACUUCCCCUUGUAUGGUUGACCAGGGGCUGGAAAGUCAGUCAUAGCUUCAAAUAGGCAAAGUUAUACAGAGGUGAUUCCAGACAUGGCUUUAACAUUCCCACCUGAGGCCAAUUUCCCUGAAGCCUGAGCUGGGCCUCGACUCUGCCCUGCCCCGCCCCACUCUGUACGUGGUUCCAGCACUUUCAACCCUCCCCUUGCCCCGUCCCCCAUCUGGGCCUGUCCUCUUACUGCUGAAGGCCUUAGUGUGUCCCAAACAUGGCCAACUCCCAAUUUUGAUGUGCAGUGCUGAGCGCAGUCUAGAAACAUGCUCUUGUUGCCUAGGCUCCUGCGAUGGAGUGGGUACGGGGGAGUGGGUGAGUGCCACCUUACAGUGUUCUGCAUUUCUUGUGCAAAGCCUGCCCUGUGGCAAAAGGGGGCCGGAAAUGGUGGGAGUGUGAAGAGGAACCCAGGAGAGGCUGAACAAACCAGAUAAUGCAGCAGGGAAACCAGGAAUCCACUGUAGUUUAGUGGACAGUGGGGCAGUUCCCCUCGUGAGUCAUCACUCCUUUUUCCGGUCUGUGCCCUGCUGGACUGGAGGCGGAGUGUGCACGGGACGUCAGCUCAGAAGGUGCUUAGUGAAGACUUGUUCAAACCAGAGAGGCAGUGUCCUCAGGGCUCCUGUGAUUGGAGUAGGGCAAGAGAAGGGGGCCUGUCACUGCUGAAACCUGCAGUUAGAACAGCCAUCCACCAGCCCCUCUGCUAGCAGCCCAGCAACAGACGCAGGAGCCCAGUACAGCAAGGGGGAGAAGGAUUUCUCUUCCUGUGCUCCCUUUCCUGAAGCCUCAUUUCUCUUUUUGGGUUGUAGCAGACUGUAGAGGAAGGAAGGUGAGGAGCCUUACCAGCCCUUACCCCAUUUUCUGCCAGGGUCUGGGGGCCAUCCUCCCAGCACAGCCAGGCUUUGUCUUAACUACCAAGUCUCUGGAUUUGGAGGUCUUCAACUGAGUCUUCUGCCCCUGAGUAAGUGGGAGUGAGGAAGACCCCUUAAUGGUUCUGGGACCCCUCCCUUCCUUGUAGGCCUCUUGGAAUAGCAGGGAGGGGAGAUCGGUUGUCUUCAGCUUCCUUCCUUGGAUUUCACUUCUGAGGACUGGGGCCUGUUUCCUAACCCUUGAGGUUCAGGCCCUAGUAAUCAUUCCUUCCUUCCUUCCUUCCUUCCUCCCUUCCUUCCUUCCUUCCUCCCUCUUUCUUUCCUCUCUCUCUUUUUCUUUCUUUCUCU